AUGGCAGUUGCACUCCACGGGUGGCACCCCGGUGAGGUCGCCAUACAGCGCCACCUCGGCUUUGCAGAUGCAGUCAGCGAUCGCUGGCCGAUCGUCGCAAAAAGUAUGCCAGAUCAGCAUCGUCUUUUUCACACUUCAAAUUUGAACUUCAUACCUGUCACCGUAAUCGAUAAACAUGGUCGUCCUUGGGCUUCUAUUAUGGCUGGUGCGGGUGGCGAAAUCGGCUUCGUGACGAGCCCAAAUCCCGAAACUUUAUCAAUCAUCGCUCAUUUAUGGAAUGGUGACCCAAUGCUGGAAACUGUAGCCUCAUGGAUGAAAGACUCAGGGCUAUAUGAGACUGACAAUCACCUGAUUGCUGGUUUGGGUAUUGAAUUGUCGACAAGGAGGCGCAACAAAUUUGCCGGGAAAAUCGAGAACAUCCACCCCUUGGAAACUCGGAUUUUCGAUUUGAAAUUAAUAAACUGUCCUAAAUACAUCAACGUUCGCAAACUGGUCCCAUUCGCACACGCACGGCCAAAGAUCGUUUAUCAAGUCGAGCACCUUCAACAAUCCCAGAGACUUCCGCAAUAUCUAAUCGAUUUCAUCUUGAACGCAGAUACCGUCUUCGUAGGGUCUAUCUACAAAUCCCAGAAAUCAACAGCAUUUCAAUUUCCGUCGCACGCAGGAAUGAAUGCCCGGGGUGGUCUACCUGGAUUUCUCAGAGUAAGUCCGUCUGAUGGGCGAACCAUUGUGCUACCGGACUACUCCGGCAAUCGAUUUGUUUCAAGUCUUGGAAAUAUCGAGGCCACGGGUCUUGUUGGAUUCACCAUAGUCUCAUUUACGACAGGAGAUGUGCUCUACCUGACCGGCACGGCCCAGAAUAUCGUUGGCCAAGACGCUCUCAAAAUAAUGAAAAAGCAUGCUGCAAUCACGGUGAUGCAGGUUUCUGGAUUCACCUUCGUGAAGGAUGCCCUGCCUCUUCGCCAAGAAGCUGGAACCUCAGUCGAGCGAAGUCCUUACAGUCCAAAGGUCAAGUACCUUGUUGAAGAGUCCGUAGCGGAAUCAGGCGAUAGUUUAGAUUACAAGGCUGUAUUGGAAAGUGCGGUACAGCUCUCUGACGAUUUGGCUGUUUUCAAAUUUAAUGUUCCUCCGCACAAGGGAUCAAAAAAGCUUGAAAUACGACCAGGACAAGCCAUCGCCCUAGACUUUAUGGAUUGGAUUGGACCACCACAAUACCAACACAUGUCAAACGCCAAGCCAAGUCUCAUCAAUGAUGACAGAAUCCGUACCUGGACAGUCUCAAGUGCCCACGAGGACGGCGAAGCAUCUUGGUUUGAAUUGACGAUGCGCGAACUCAAAGGAGGCGCGGUAACAGGCGCUCUAUUUGAUAUUUUGAGAAAAGCAAAUAAGCAAUAUGGCUCAACAAUCACUCCAAGAAAAGCCGUUGCCGCCGAAGUUGUGGGCAUCACUGGUGAUUUCUAUAUUGGGCAAGAUAAUAUCAAUGCACUCUGGGUAGCUGGAGGAAUCGGUGUCACACCUUUUCUGUCAAUGUUGAGCGCACUUUCGACGCGAAAUCGGCCGGGAAGAUAUGAUAUAACAAUGGCCUUGGCAACAAAAGAGCCAAUUCUCAUGGUGAAUCUACUGAGACCCCUCCUUGCGAGUCUACCAUCAGAUAUUCGAAUCGGGAUUGAUAUAUUCACGCAUGAAAAUGACCUCCAGUUGGAUAUAACUCAGGGAAAGAACCAGAAGAUUUCUCUUCAUCACGGCCGGAUCCCCGCUGAGUACUGGGUUCAGGCCGCUGGAAAUAGAGAUAUACUUAUCUGUGGCCCAGGCGGGUUCGGGGACUCGGCGACGGAAGGAUUGCAGGCCGCUGGCGUACCUUUGGAGAAAAUACAACGGGAAGGGUUCUACUAG